AUGCGUGUUAGUGAGCAACGUUAUGUACCAAAGAGAAAGGUUCGGGAGCCUUAUUCUAAACAGGAGCUAGUUGGUAGAGGUGCUUAUGGUUCUGUUUAUAAAGGUAUAAAUAACAACACAAACCAAGUUGUGGCCAUAAAAGUGCUAAAUUUGGAUACCGAAGAGGACGAUGUUGGAGAUAUUAUAAAAGAAAUAAAUUUACUUUCAUUACUUAAUAGUGAAUCGCAAAAUAUUACUAGAUAUUAUGGAAGUUUCCUUCAUGGUACAAAGUUAUGGAUUAUUAUGGAAUAUGCAGCCGGUGGAAGUAUUAGGACUUUAUUGAAAGCUGGUGCAAUAGAAGAAAGAUAUAUAUCUAUUAUUACGAGAGAGGUUUUGCUAGCAAUAAGUUAUUUGCAUAAGUGCAAAAUUAUUCAUCGUGAUAUAAAGGCGGCAAACAUUUUGCUAACGGCCGAAGGAAAAGUGCAACUUUGCGAUUUUGGCGUUGCUGGGCAGUUGACUGCCUCAAAUGCAAAACGUACUUCGUUUGUUGGUACACCAUAUUGGAUGGCUCCCGAAGUAAUCACCGAAGGUGCUGCAUAUGACACUAAGGCUGAUAUAUGGUCAUUAGGUAUUACCGUAUACGAAAUCACAACCGGUAAUCCACCGUAUCAUGAUCAAAGUGCAAUGAGAGCUAUUCAACUUAUCCCUAAGAAUAGACCGGCUACACUUGAAGGCCCUUAUUCUGCUCCAUUAAAAGAGUUUGUAGCCAUUUGUCUCAAUGAAAUAUCUGAAGACCGUCCAACGGCAGAUGAGUUGAUGAAAACUAAAUUCAUAAGGAGUUCUUUAAAGCAUCCAAAUGGAAUAUUACGUGAUCUCAUUGCACGAUUUGAACAAUGGAAACAGACAACCGGUUAUCGACAGUCUUUUUCUGACCCAUACGGAACUCCAUCGAGUGAAAGCGACUCUUACGAUUUUGAAGAUGGUCAAAAAGAAGAGGAGGAUGCAUGGGUAUUUGAUACCAUACAAAAUACUGUAACACACCGAAAAUCACGUUCUUUAGGGUCAUUACAUAAUAGCGGUUCAGAUCAGUUAUCUCCUGUUAUCGAAGACGAAGAGCAUAUGGGGUUAACGAUAGAUAAUAAAUUAAAAACUCAAGAAAAUGAAGAUGUAGACCGAACAGUUUUACCCAAAGACAACACCGUCAGAUAUGGACGAAUUCUUACUGAUGGGCUUCUUUCUCCUUCUACUCCGUUAUUUCAACGCAAAUAUUCAGAAUCUCAUCAUCCAUUACUUCAACUUUUUCAAAAUGAAGAAAAAACUCAAAUAGACAAUCUUUCGAAAGAAUCAUCACCAGCAGGUAGUUUUCGCAAUCCAACAAUAACUAUACCUCCUAUGAAUAUUAUGUCACUGAUGCCGCGCAUGGAGGACUCACCUUCAACAUCGAAGGAUAAUUUUCAAUCUCAUCAUAUGAAUAUAAGGUUAAAAGAUGAUGGGCUAGAAAGUAAUUCUUUUGACGAAAAAUCGAAAUCAUCUUUAUCGACGUCAGAUUUAUCUACUACUGAUUCAUCAUUUACCCGAAUUGAGAUUGUUGUUCCCACUGUUAAUUCACAAACAACAAUAGAUUCUGCCCCAAAAAUUAUUUCAUCUUCUCAACCAGAACCUAAUGGCCUUCUGUCACCCACUUCUAUAUCAGUUGCAAAACAUAUUCCAAAAAGAGAAGAAAGUGGUUAUUUUUCAAUUAAUCAUGGACAAUUAAACGAUUUACCCGAAGAUAAAAUAUCUAAUUCUUCAGUAUAUGGUAAUAAUAGUUCAGGAGGAUUGUUAACACCGCCACCAAUGGGUCAUAUGAUUUCUAAGUCAACCAGUGAUGUAUUUAAUCAUUCAUAUUCAUCGUCACCAGGAAAAAUGAACUAUAUUAAGCAUAAUCCUACAAGGCAUGGAAGUUACGAUAAUCAAAUGGACCCAUCUGUAGGAUUUCCGCUUCAUAAACCAAGUAGUCAAGGAAAGGUGUAUCCACCACAACCAGCACGUCGUGUAAGAUCUGCAACAACGCUAAAUGCAAGUCGUCAAACGAAUGAGGAUUUAGCUAUAAAGUCUAGGUAUCAACAAAAAGAUAGUAAAGGUAGUGAAAUAGAGAUAGCCAAUAAAUUCGGUGGAAACUUAGGAGUAGGAAUACCUAGACAGCGAGCCACAAGUGUUGGCAACGUGCUACGACCUUCAAAAUCAAAACUUUCGCUUGUUGAGGAUACUUCAUCAUCAAUACAUUUGUUACCACCAUCCCCAUCGGCCGCCAAAUUCCUUAACAAUUCAAGUUCAUCUUCUCAAGGAUCACCCACAAGACCAGUAUUUCCCAGUCAAUCAUCAAUAAUAUUAAAUACAGGACCUGAGCUUCGUCCAUUAAAGAUGGAUAAUUAUCGGGGUACUAGUGAAGUUUAUGAGGACUUAACAAAAACUACUGAUGAUCUUUUACAAUGGAUGACACUUUUGGAAGCUGGUAUUAAUCAGCUUAUGACAAGAUUUUGA